AUGCCAACUAGCACUGUACCAUACGAAGUCCUCUUCGACUUCACCAAUGACACCAAUGACUUGGUAACGGUGCAGCCGAUUGCGCAGAAUGAUGGAAUCAGUUCAAGAGGCGCAAUACUUUUGAUGAAGGAGGGCGAUAAUGUAUCUUUGGUUCUCACUGCCGGCUGCACGUACCAAUAUGCCCUUCAGCACCGAUCCAAGAAAGCAUAUAUCUCGUUGAACAAUCUUGUUAAGGGUGCGUACAUGGCAAGACUUGCUCUGUACUACUUCCGUGAUAUUUUCCGGAACUUUACCAUCGACGCGGCUACAAGCAGCCCAUGGAGUGAACGUCAGCUGCACCAUCAGUAGGGAGUAAUGAUCAAUCUGUCGAGGUGGGUAAAGUUUCUUCAAGCUUGUAUCAAAGAUAAUUAAAUUUCGCGGCACUAUCAAGUUUAUGAACAGGGAUUGACGUUAAACGUUUAAAAUUAUUGCCGUAUGACAGUUAGGAAGGACAAGCCUUGACAUAUGUAACGUGCACUUCUCGAUAGCACUUUUACUAUUCCAUAAUCCAAGACCGGGCGUUUUGUACUUUUGCUGCACUC